CAGCCAGGCUCCACACCAGUGCCCACUGCGCCUGACGCCGGAGGUGCACACACGCUCCCCACGUCGGCGUCAUGGAUCCCCAGGCCGGCUGUGUGGUGGUGACGGGUUUCGGGCCUUUCCGGCAGCACCUGGUGAAUCCCAGCUGGGAAGCAGUGCAGGUUGAUCUCUUUCCGCAGGAGCUCUCCAAGCUGGGCCUGGGGGGCGACACGGAGGUGGAGCUGCGGACUCUUCAGCUGCCCGUAGAUUACAGGGCAGCCAGGCAGGAGGUCACCAGGAUCUGGGAAGACCUUCGUCCGCAACUCGUCGUGCACGUGGGCAUGGAUGCCUCCACCAAGGUGAUCAUUCUGGAACAGUGCGGCAAGAAUCGAGGCUACCGGGAUGCCGACAUCCGGGGCUUCCGGCCUGAGGGUGGCGUGUGCGUAGCUGGCGGCCCAGAAGUGAUUGCGUCUGUGGUCAGCAUGAGGGCGGUGUGCAGGCGCCUGGCCGUGGAGGAUGUCGAGAUGGCCUUUUCCAGAGAUGCGGGCAGAUACGUCUGUGACUACACCUACUACCUGUCUCUGCAUCUCGGGAGCGGGCACGCGGCGCUCGUCCACGUGCCUCCGCGAUCGCGGGGGCUCCCGGCCAGCCUGCUGGCAAAGGCCUUGCAAGUUAUCAUCCAGGCCCUGCUGGAGGAGAGUGCAAAGGCCCGGGCCCAAAGCCUGGUUGGCGGGAAACCAGCCCACGUGGAUGCCAGCCAGAGAGAACCGGCAGAGAAAAUGAAGAGCUUCAGUCCCGGGGAGAGUUCACCUGUGCACCGAGAGGCUUCUUAAAAACUGUCCGUAAAACAGUUUGCGUGGAGGGAAAGAAUUCUGAGUUGGCAACAAAAUCAAAGCGUCUUUUAUUGUCGGCAGGAAGAUGAACGCCCGGAGAGUGUUCAUGAGGACUCACGAGCUUCAGCUUCGGCUUUUGUGACGGUGAAGCGAAACCCUAGCAACGCUUCUUCCAGGCGGGUGUGCGGUGGUCCGUGUGCCCCUGCCAGCGGCUGGGACCCUAGACCUGUGCUGUGGAAGCCGCCUGCUCCAGGUGGCCCACCCUUGGCCUCCAGGUCUGUGGUCCAGGUCUGGCGAGCAGCUUUGGAGUCGCUGUGUCUCGACUGCCUGCUUCCUCUGUUACGUAAGCCAUCUUUAAGUGUACAGCCCAGUGAGAUUGUGCGUUGUUGGGCAACUAUCGCCACCACCCACCUCUAGAACUUCCUUAUGACCCCAAACUGAGCCUCUGCAUCCAUUAAACAGCCACGAGCUAUGCCUAUGUUCCCGGGCGGUGGGAAUCACCGUGUAGUAAGUAGACUCCCACAGCAUCUGU